GGUCCCGCCCUUUGUGGUGUCUCACCGAUAUUCCUCCGUCCGUGUCCCAGUUUCGUUCCACACCGGGUUGUGAGUCCUCAGCUAACCGAGUGCUGCCACCAUGACCGCCCGCGUUCUAGUCGGUGUAAAGCGGGUUAUUGACUACGCCGUAAAGAUUCGAGUUAAGCCUGACAAAACCGGCGUGGUGACGGAUGGCGUGAAGCACUCGAUGAACCCUUUCUGUGAGAUUGCAGUAGAGGAGGCUGUCAGGAUGAAGGAGAAGAAGCUGGUGAAGGAGAUUGUGGCUGUGAGCUGUGGACCUCAGCAAGUGCAGGAGACCAUCCGCACAGCACUGGCUAUGGGGGCAGACCGCGGCAUUCACGUGGAGGUUUCUGGAAAGGACUACGAGUCUCUUGGGCCUCUGCAGGUAUCCAAGAUCCUCGCUGCUUUGGCCAAGAAAGAAGAGGCUUCUCUCAUCAUCCUCGGGAAACAGGCCAUUGACGAUGACUGUAAUCAGACGGGUCAGAUGACAGCCGCUCUGUUGGACUGGCCCCAGGGGACCUUCGCCUCCGAGGUGGCGUUCGAUGGAGAUAAGCUGAAAGUGGUGCGCGAGGUCGAUGGAGGACUGGAGACGAUUAAAAUCAACAUGCCUGCGGUGGUGACAGCCGACCUUCGCCUCAACACUCCCCGAUACGCCACGCUGCCGAACAUCAUGAAAGCUAAGAAAAAGAAGAUCACGAACAUGAAGCCGGGAGACCUGGGAGUGGACGUGAGCUCUCGGUUGGAGGUGCUGCGGGUGGACGAGCCUCCACAGAGGCAGGCUGGAAUGAAAGUGGAGUCGGUGGAGGAGCUGGUGAGCAAACUAAAGGAGGCAGGAAGGAUAUAAAGCUUUUUUUUUCCCUCUUUCUUUUCCUGAGUCGCCACAAACCCCACUCUCAACCUCAGUGGACGUUCCUGCCAUAUCUCAACCUUCUCACCGAUCCUCCGACCAGCCGGCUGUAGCAGCAUCUGCUUCCUUCUGAACACUGAAUCCAUCAUUAUUUCUAGUCCUGGUCCAAAUAACCAUUACACACCGGUCUUUGUAGCAAUUUCUCUGCUGUGUUACACCCAGUUUCGCUGCACGAUCCAGCGUAGAUUAACUCUGAGAGACAUUUUCUCACGUUUAAGAAACUGAUUGCUGAUCUAGGAACGUUUUUUGCUUUCGAAGCUGUGUUUAGUUAACUUAUUUGCUAUUCAUAUUGGAAAACUUCCUAGAUUAGCACUAAGAUUUAAGCGUACGGAUCUCGUUAACUUGUCCGUCCUGCGUCAGUUUCUGUUUGAAAGAUCGGAAUAUUCAUAUGACCUCUUUGUCUUUGUGUCUGUGGCCCUACGUUCUUUAUAAUUAAAAGGGCAUUUCUAAUUAACACCACACACAAUCUCUUCUAAAAUGUAGAUAAAUCGCACAAGUACAUUUUGUAUAGUUUGGAAGUCAUACAGAGUGUCUCUCAGCUUGGACCAGACCUGGAGAAACGAGCUGUUUUUAUCACGUAUGCCUCUGGUUUUGAGUUUUGAUUGUUCAAUAUCUAACUGUGGGAAAUAAAAUCUCUGUCCUUUUCA